AUGGCGUACCAAGUUCCACAUUUCGCCGACGCCAAGGACAAGUGGUCGUCGUACUACAUCAGAGUCGAGUCGUACUUCAAGGGUAACGACAUCGUCGACGACACUAAAAGAAGAGCGCUUCUCAUCUCGGCACUGAGCUCGAAGCCUAUCGACGUACUGAGUGGACGUUGUGCCCCACGAAAGCGAAUAAUGGACAGCGUCCUGAACGGUUUGCCGGGAGUCCAGGCGUACUUUGACGACGUUCUGGUGGCCGAGAAGGGGAACAACGGCAGAAAGAACCUCAAGGCAGUUCUCCAGCGCUUUCGAGAGUACGCAGUCAGGCUAAGGAAGGACAAGUGCACCUUCAGGAUGCCUGAGGUUUCGUAUCACGGCUGCAAGAUCAGUACUGGAGGGCUGCAACCUCUGCAGAAGAACAUGGAUGCUGUCAUAAGGGCGCCAACACCCAAGAACGUGAUCGAGCUGCGUUCAUACUUGGAUCAACCCACGCCCACUAUGGCUGCCGCAGGAAUUCAGCAUUGGUCCUUGCUGCUGGGUACAUACCUGUACAAGAUAGAGUACAAACCUGGCUCGGACAACCUGAACGCUGACGCACUCAGUCGGCCUCCUCUAGAAACCACUGACAACUGUGGGGGUUCCACUUUGCGUGCGGCUAGGGCUGAAGGCGAGCUCCGGAUCUAG